UUUCUUAUUUUGAAAUUUAUUUGGAUAAAAUUAGAGAUUUAUUAGAUGUAUCCAAAACAAACUUAUCAGUUCAUGAAGAUAAGAACAGAGUUCCAUUUGUAAAGGGAGCAACUGAACGAUUUGUAACAAGUCCAGAUGAAGUAAUGGAAGUUAUUGAUGAAGGAAAAUCAAAUAGACAUAUUGCAGUGACAAAUAUGAAUGAACAUAGCUCUCGAAGUCAUAGUGUAUUUUUAAUUAAUGUUAAACAAGAACAUUUAGAAAACGAAAAGAAAUUAAGUGGAAAGUUGUAUUUAGUUGAUUUAGCAGGAAGUGAAAAAGUAAGUAAGACAGGAGCAGAAGGAAUGGUUCUCGAUGAAGCAAAAAAUAUCAAUAAAUCAUUAUCUGCAUUAGGAAAUGUGAUCUCAGCUCUUGCAGAUGGAAAUAAAUCACACAUUCCUUAUCGAGACAGCAAACUCACUCGUAUUCUACAAGAAAGUUUAGGUGGAAAUUCUCGUACAACAAUUAUUAUCUGUUGUUCACCAGCUUCUUAUAAUGAAUGUGAAACAAAAUCAACAUUAGAAUUUGGCAGAAGAGCUAAAACAAUUAAGAAUACUGUGAUUGUUAAUGAAGAACUUACAGCUGAAGAAUGGAAGAGACGAUAUGAGAGAGAAAAAGAAAAAGUUUCCAAAUUGAAAGGACAGCUUAAUAGUGCUGAACUUGAACUUAACAGAUGGAGAAAUGGUGAGACAGUACCACAAGAUGAGCAGUUAGCUUCAGCAGAUUUAACAACUAGCACUUUAAGCUUGUCUGAUGUUCCUCCUCCCACUGUUCCUGUUCCUACCAUUCCAAUUUCAUCAGAUCCUUUAAGCAAUGAUGAAAGAGUGAAAUUUGAAGAAGAAAGAUUAUCCUUAUAUGCUCAAUUGGAUGAAAAAGAUGAUGAAAUUGAUCGGCAGAGUCAAUUAAUAGAAAAACUUAAAGAACAAAUGCUUGAACAGGAAGAAUUGAUUGGUUCAAUGAGAAAAGAUUAUGAGAAUGUUCAGCAAGAGAUGAGUCGUAUCCAACAAGAAUAUGAAUCUGCAAAAGAAGAAGUAAAAGAAGUUUUACAAGCACUUGAAGAAUUAGCAGUCAAUUAUGAUCAAAAGUCUCAAGAGGCAGAAAAUAAAAGCAAGGAGUAUGAAUGCCUAAGUGAAGAAUUAAGUCAAAGACUGAGUCAAUUGAAUUCUACUCAAAAUGAACUUCAACAAAUAAAAGAUACUAGUUUCCAUCAGCGUAAACGUAUGACAGAAAUGUUGACAAACUUAUUAAAAGAUUUAGGUGAAGUUGGUAUGGUUCUUGGAGGAAAUACUACAGAUAUGAAAAAUAUGAAUCAGGGAUCAGGUGAUGUAAGUGGUAAAAUUGAAGAAGAAUUUACAAUGGCUCGAAUUUUUAUUAGCAAAAUGAAAUCUGAAGUUAAAGGUCUUGCUCAAAGGUGCCAUCAAUUGGAAUCAUUCCAAACUGACUGUAAUAAGAAAAUUGAGUCAAAUGAAAAGGAAUUAGCUGAAUGUAGAUUAUUAAUUAGUCAGUAUGAUGCCAAAAUGAAAUCUCUACAAGAAUACAUGAAAGAUGUUGAGAAUAAAAAACGUACUUUAGAAGAAGCUGUUGAUAGUCUUAAUGAAGAAUGUGCAAAAUUGAAAGCAGCUGAGGAAAUGCAUAUUGUAUCAACCAGAGAAAAAGAAAAGGAAAAAAAUACUGCAGAAAAAAUGAAAGAGGCCUUGGAACAACAAAUAGAAAAACACAGAGAAUCACAUCAAAAACAACUUAAUCUGUUGAGGGAUGAAAUAUCAGAAAAACAAGCUUUAAUUGAUCAGUUAAAAGAUACAAAUCAAAAGUUAUCAUUAGCUCAAGAAAAGAUGAAACAAGAUUAUGAAAAAUUGAAACAAGAAGAGGUAGAAAAGAGUCAUAAACUUAAACAAUUAAUGCUGUUAAGUGAUCGUAGGGAACAGGCACGUCAAGAUUUAAAGGGUUUGGAAGAAACAGUGGCUAAAGAAUUACAGACUCUACACAACCUAAGAAAAUUGUUUGUUCAAGAUUUGCAAGGCAGAGUAAAGAAGUCAAUAUUAUCAGAUGAUAAUGAGGAUUCUGUUGAAAGUCCUGCACAAAAACAGAAAAUUACAUUCUUAGAAAAUAAUUUGGACCAACUUACCAAAGUGCAUAAACAGCUUGUCAGAGACAAUGCUGAUCUUCGAUGUGAACUUCCAAAAUUGGAAAAACGCUUGCGUGCAACUAUGGAAAGAGUUAAGACCUUGGAAACAGCUCUGAAGGAAGCAAAAGAAUGUGCCAUGCGAGAUCGUAAACGUUAUCAAUAUGAAGUAGAUAGAAUUAAAGAAGCAGUCAGACAAAAGAGUCUCAGCAGAAGAGGUCAUAUGGCACAGAUAGCUAAACCAAUUCGUGCUGGUCAACAUGUAGGAGGAAUGACUGCAAUUAGAUCUGGUGUGCCAGUUUUUCGACCACCAAUAGCAGAAAAGCUAUAGGAAAAAUGACAUGGUAUGAAGAAAUGAGAUUUUGUGUGAAUAUUGUUAUUUCUUCUCCUUUUCACAAUUUAGAAAUGACAUUUGUGAAGAAAUUUUCUUGUUCUUAAUUUUUUGUGCAUAAAAUUUUUAGCAUUUGUUUUAGGACGAAAAGAACAUUCAAAGCCUAUAAAUAUUAAUAAACAUUAUACCUGUCUAUCGACGCUUUCUACCCGUCGAAGAAAUUUCCAGAAGAAACGAAGUGACAUCUAAUAGUAUUAAUUUAUAUUGCUUUCGUACGAAAAUAGAACAUUCUAAAUGGCUGGACCAAAUAAUAUAAUUGUCUUAUUGCUAUUUAAUAUUUUAGUAUUAUUUUUCGUGUUUGCUACCUACUAUAAGUAUAUUAAAUAUAUGAUGUGUGUCUGUCUCAGAAUUGUAUUUACAGUUUUUUUGUUUUAAAGUCUUGUAUUUAUAUUAAUUAUAUAAUGGGACAUUGUACAGUGUCUUCGUCUUCUUAAACCUUGCAUACGCAAUUCCUAUUGUGAUUGAGAAAAUAUCUACUAAAGUAGAUGCUUCACAAUAGGUAACUUAAAAUGAAUAUGCAGCCAAUCAAUCUCAUUAUAUAUAUAAAAUAUAAUCUCGUAAAUUACUUUUCAUAGCUUUUAAUCAAAAUUACUUGUCUGCCAGUCACAGAUACAUUAUAUAUAUAUAACUUUUGUAAAAAAAGAAAAUUAAAAAUAUCAUAAAGAAUAUAAAGCUUUCACGAGCAUGUCUUAUUUGUAAUGUGUAAAUAUAUAUAUAAAUUAUGUACUACUUAGUUUUAAUCUGGUCACAAAUAAUUAAUGCAUGCUUGCAAUCGACAUGCUCGUUCGAAGUCGAUCAAAGAGUACAUUUGCACCACACUUUGUUAUUGCUAAUAUGCAGAAGCAAAUACUCCGAUGGUUGCUCUUCUUUCCAUAAAUUAGCAUCGGAGAUAUGUAAUAUCACCUAAAGUUUCCAAAUCAAUUGUUUUUUUAAUUAUUUGAUCAAAAUGUAAUUGCUGUAUAUAUGAUAUAUACAUUUCACUAUCUGAAAAGAAGGUGAAAUUCACCAUGCUUGGCAUUGCUGCUUUGUUCGAGAGGCUUUCAGUUGUUUUACAAAUACUUAACAUUUCAUCCAUGGCCUCUUCCAAAUAUCUGUAUUGCUUUGUAAAUGAAUAAAAAGUCAUGGGUUCUGUACUAA